AUGGGUCUCUUCCUUUCUCGGAAUUUGGCUUGCAAAUUCAUAUACCCUUUUCUUUUCUCUAAGAAAGUUUCCAAGGAUUUGUUUCCUAAGCAGUUGGAGAACAUGAUGUCUCUGGUGUCCCCUCGUACUGGCAGGCAUUUGCAGCGAUACGACCAAGGAUGUCGCCAAGUUGUGGGGUGCAUUCCUUACAGAUACAAGAACAAUGGAACAAAAGAUAAGGAGUUAGAGGUUCUUGUGAUUAGUGCUCAGAAAGGUCAUGGAAUGCAGUUCCCGAAGGGAGGUUGGGAAAUUGAUGAAUCCAUGGAACAAGCAGCUUUAAGGGAGACUAUAGAAGAAGCUGGGGUCAUCGGCAGUGUUGAAAGUAAUUUGGGUAAAUGGUAUUACAAGAGCAAACGCCAACCCAUAAUGCAUGAGGGAUACAUGUUCCCUUUGCUUGUUAAGAAGGAAUUGGAUAACUGGCCAGAGAUGAACUCAAGAAAACGAAGAUGGAUGACUGUGGCUGAGGCAAAAGAAAUAUGCCCUUAUGCUUGGAUGAAGGAGGCUUUGGAUGUAUUGGUCAUGAGACAAACUCAGCUGCACUCCAAAAAGGAUCUGGAUAUGACACAAGCUUGGUACAAAGAGAAUGAUUUUGGUUGGGUGAGCUUAAGACCCUUUGGCCAAGACCACAAGAAUACCACAUUCCUUCAAGCAGUGUUUGAAGGGCAUAGUGUGAUUAGGCUAAAAGCUAAACAAUUUGAUGAAUAUGAAGAGGGGACAAAUGUUGGGAUUUACAAUGACUUGGCUGUGGAUUUUGACCUUAGAAUCAGAGCCAACCAUGGAAGGUUUGGGAGCAGUAGUUUCAGUCCACCCAUUGUUCAGUGUCGCAGUUUGAGGGUUCCUUUGAUUUCUAUUGCUAAAUCAACACCUCCAUUUAGUGUCAUCAAAUGCAACACUGGGGCUUUCUUUGGUUCAGGUAUCCUCUUUUGGAGGAGGCCAUCAUAUUCAAGAUAUUAUCAUACAUUAAAUCUAGACACUUCGUUUAACAAGGAUUCCAAACAUGAUUCACCAUAUUAUGGAAGACUAAAACGCUCCACUGAACCCAACUUCAUUGGCGUUGCAGCACUGGUUAUUUCUUCUCAGAUCGAAUCUGUCAAUCCUUAUGUUUUGUAUAGAACAAGAAAAUCUCCCUUGGAAAAGUUCAUGGAAAAAGCAUAUGCCAAACUCAUCCAUAUCAAACUUAUUAUUACAUACCAAAAUGUUUCAUCAUUGACAAUAUCUCAAAUCAACGUAACAAUGCCUUGCAAACCCCGCUGCAGUUUUCGCUGCAUCUACGGCACAACCUGCUUCUUUAUAUUCAUAUUCAUGCUUUCCUUCUUCCUCUUCCUGAUAAUCAUCAACCCCUUAAGAGUCAAGUUCUCCAUAACUGAAGCCUCUCUGACACAGUUCAACCUCACCAGCAACAACACAUUGUAUUACAACUUCAAGGUCAAUAUCACUGUGAGAAACCCUAACAAGCAUGUCAUAGUGUACUACAGGAGGAUCACAGCAAUAGCUUGGUACAAAGACAAUGAUUUUGAUAGGGUGAACUUGACACCCUUUGACCAAGGCCACAAGAACACCACCUUUCUUCAAGCAGCUUUUGAAGGGCAAAGUGUGAUGAGGCUCCAACCUAAACAACUUGAUGAGUAUAAAGAAGAGACUAGUGUGGGAGUUUACAAUGACUUGGCUAUGGAUUUGGACCUUACUAUCAGAGUCAAGUUUGGAAUGUUCGAGAAGGGACAGUUCAAUCCAACCAUUGUUCAGUGUCGUCUUUCGAAGGUUCCUUUGAAUUUUAAUGGUAAAUCAGCACCUUCUUUUAGUGUCAUCAGGUGCAUCACUGGUAGUUUUCUUCCAAGAUAG